AGAAAAGAAGUGCGUCGGUCCUUGUGUCCGCACUCCCUUCGUUCCCGCCCUCUCUUCUCCAAAUUCCUGCAACUCCAUUACUCCACUUCUCUUCAUCGCUCGCACAUCUCAUUCAUUUCGUUCUCUUUCCUCCUCAUGGCUCAUCCUGCUUUUUCGACAGAACAGGCCGCUGCUGGCUGGAAGACACAGACAAGGGAGCAGCUCACCUAUUGGGUGCCCGAGGUCGACAUCAAGGGUCAGCUUCCCAAAGAUCUUAUUGGCACCUUUUUCCGUAAUGGCCCUGGCAACACCAGCGUUGGGAGCACCAAACUGACCCAUCCAAUCGAUGGCGAUGGUCUUGUCGUUGCCCUGUCUUUCACUGGUGAUGGACACGUCCACUUCAACUCUCGCUUUAUCCAGUCGCGGCACCGCGUUGAGGAGCAGACUGCGAAGAAGAUGAUCUACCGUGGUCAGAUGGGGACGGAUCCCAAUAGCUUGAGGGCAAACGUUGCAGCAGUGAUAAAAUCCAAGGUCGGCUGGGAAAAGAGCUCAACUGUGCUCACCUUCAGGAACCCCUCCAACACCAAUGUCUACAUGUGGGAGGGCAAGGUGCUCAGUGCACACGAGACAAGUCUCCCUCACUGUUUGGAUCCUACAACCCUCGAGACCAUUGGCGAAGAGGACCUAGGCGGCACACUGCAGCUCAAGGCGCUAGGCGCCCAUUUCCGCUAUGAUCCAUUCCUCGAUAGGCUGGUCACCAUGUCUGCCAAGGCUGGUGUCAGCCGUCAACCGUCGCUCCAAAUUAACGAGUAUGGCCGUCAGUGGGCCGUCAAGAGCCUCCAAACGUUCCAUAUCCCAGGACUCAACUACGCUCACGACCUCUUACUGAGUAAGAACUUUUACAUCGUCCAGAUCACGCCCUUCGUCAACGUUUCUAAUGCGGACGUCUACAAGUUCUUACUCGGCAUUUCCUCACCUGGGGAUGCGAUGCACUACUAUGAGCAUCUACCCUGUCGUCUUGUCAUCAUUGCGCGCACUCCGCAGGUAGCUGACCAAGUCCUUCGCGGUCGUCAAUGGAUCGAAGCCGACAUUCCGGAGCCUUGCCAUAUCUUCCACUUUGGCAAUGUUCAGGAAAUCUACGAGAGUGAUCGUGUAGUCGGUUUGGAUCUGACUGCAGUCUGCCUGGGUAAAAAAUUCACGAUGGAGUUUGAGAACAAAACCUGGCUCAGCAACGCUUCUAAAGCUCCUGGCCUUUUGACAGGAUUCAAGGUUCGAUUUGGAGACAGUGAUAUCCCAUUGGUUCACCAGACUGUGCUCCAUCCCGCCUCGGUCGAGUUCCCCAUAGUGCAUCCCUACCGUCAUGGGCUGGAUACUCGCUACACAUAUAUGAUGGCCUCGAGUGAUCUUAAGCGCCCACAUUGUUUUACUGCAGUCCUGAAGCACGAUCUUCAUGGCAAGGGUACCAAGUUCUGGCAGAGCGAGGGUGUCACAGGCGAGCCAUGUUUCAUCCCUCGUGGCGGGUAUGCUACAGUUGGAAAGGAGGAUACACGCGCAGAGGACGAUGGCUUCGUGGUUGUCCAGGUCUUUCACCCCAAGAAGCAGACAACGGACUUUGCAGUGCUGGAUGCUCAAACCAUGGAGCUGCUGGCGACGAUCGGGCUCAAACAUCAUGUACCAUUCGGCUUUCAUGGCACGUUUACACCGGAGCUCUUUGUUCAGGGUCCUGCACCUCCAAGCCUGGUCAGAGCCAAGAUCUAGGCACGCGAAGCAGUUCGCACAAUUUCAACAAUGAUUCCUGAUGCAACUAAACAUAGUAGUGGUCCGACUCAAUUUCAGUUCCCAUAGCCUUAAAAAAAGUGCAUUAACCUUAAUACCUUAAUUUUUAAAAACACUCUGAGUUCAGAUGGCAGGGCUUUACAGCGCGUUUCCAUCAUUUAUUUUGAAGGAUGUACGUACAUCGCUACAAAACUUUGUCAUUUCUUC